AUGGCCUCGUCCCACUGGUCCUUAACCCUUGACCAUAGGUUUCAGCCCGUCCGGGCUGCCAAGCUUUCAAACCAUACCAAUGUAGUUGCAAAUCCCAUGUAUCGCAUCCCAGAUUCUUCUUCUUCUUGUUAUGGCGGAUCAGAUACGACGUCGCGUAACACUAGGCUUACAACAUCAUCAACACCCGCCUCUUCCAAUGCAAACUCGUCUUGGCAACGUGGGAAAGAUUCAGAAGUUAAGAGGAAGCAACGGAUUGCGUCCUACAAAGCAUACGCUGUUGAAGGCAAGAUCAAGGCUUCAGUACGUAAAACUUUUCGUUGGAUGAAGAACAAUUGCAAGAAACAAAGACGUCUCUUUGUCCCGAUCGCUUGCACAGCCUCACAGGUGCCCCUCCUCCAUCAUCGCUUCCACCUCCACUAUAACAUUUUACGUCUCCUACCACCGUCUCCCUCUCCGCCUUCCAAUCCUCCGGCCACUCCCUCCAUCCUUCUCCACUCCCGCCACCCUUUCACCCAUCAGCUCGCCAAUCGCAACACCUACCCUGUCCAAUUUUUUUCGCUCCGUCUCCACACUUACCUCUGCCGCUCCUCCAUUUCUGUUGCAGUCACCUUUAUUCCUCUUAUCCUUACUUUCUGGGUUCUCUCCUUCAGCUCUUUUGCUUUCCCCAAAUUUCAGAAAUACUUAGGGCUUGUGAAAGAUGAUGUGAUUGUCACUGGGGUGUUGACGGAAAAAUGGUCACCUGAUGUAAAGGAUGCCCGCUGUGACCUUGAUCCUGUCUUAGUUGCAAACUACGUAAGGAGAAGUGCUAUGAGUUGUGAAGAUAUUAAGAACCUGUGAGAUUUGUGUUGUAUCCUCAUUCUCAAUGAGGAUACGAGUUAUCUAAAAUUGAAUUGGAUAGAUUUCAAUUGUUGAAGGGUAUUGAUUUACUUAUGAAUGACAGGACAAAGUAUGACACUUUUUCUGGUCUCCGAGAUGACUUAAAAAAGGAUUGGCUACUGAUCCACAUUGGUAAUUGAUUUUUUUUU